AUGCCGGCAGUUGUGGAGCAGUUGCCCUCGUCAGACGACGACAAUGGCGAGCCGUCGCUGGCACCCCCCAUGCAAUGUGCACAACUAGGCAAGGAUAGCAGCCUAGCCGGCGCACCCCAAGUAGAGGUUUCCACCGCCGGCGCCGGUGCUGAAGCGGAGGGCCGAGCCCAGCAGGAUGAAGCAGUGUGCAGCAGUGCGGAGCGCGUUGUAGAUGUGGAAGAGUGCGCUCGACUCAAAGCAGCUGGAAAUGAGCUCUUUAAGGACGGCGACAUCUCGGAGGCACUCACGCUGUAUCGCAAGGCAUUGUGGUGCGCCCCUAUCAAGCCUGUGCCACCGCGUCCCGCCACUACAAGCACGCCUAGCGCUUCAAGGACGUCAGAUGCCAACGCCCCGGCUGAGGGUGAGGACGCAGCAACGAAAUGCGACGAGGGUGGGGCGGAGAAGCAGCCGGAAGACACGACCGACUACACCCUUACGGCGCAGGUGUACUGCAACGCCGGUUUUUGCCUCAUGAAGCUGGAUGUAAAGGAGGAGGCGGCCCACAUGUUGUCAGAGGCAAUCCGACACGAUGACUCGUAUUUGAGAGCGUACAUCCGCCGUGCGGAGUGCUACUACAGCAUGCAGAAGUGGUCCAGCGCUUAUGGAGAUUACGAGUGCUACGAGAAGCUUGGCGGGGUGCUCGACGCGCAAGGUCACGCCCAUAAGGCGGCUUCCAAAGCGAAGGUGGAUGAGGAGAUGCAAAAAAUGUGGGGUGAGCUGAAGAGCCUUGGCAACAAAAUUCUCGGUAAUUUUGGCUUGUCGACGGACAACUUCAAAUUUGACAAAGACCCCAACACGGGCGGCUACUCGAUGCGUUUUGAGCGAUAG